UAUACUUAUGAAUAACAGGACAAUUUUCUCCAUUGUUUUGUGUGUUGUGGUUUUUUGACUUUUUUUGAAGGCCGACAUCAGGAAAUGUUCUUGCUAAUUGGGACUAUAAAGAUGAAUAAAAUAAGGCCAUUCAGUUUCGACGAAAGACUAAUUAGAUUAUUUACGUGAAUUGCGGUGAACCUGCCUACGCGUACCAUUUUCAAAAGUCGGUCCUCUGGAGAAGAUUAAAUCUAAUUCGUUGGUUGAUUCUUUUCAAGGUAAUAUAAAAAUACUCUAUAUGAGUUACCAUCCUCUCAUUGUCCCUGUGAUUAAAAAGCUGCAGGGGCAGUGAGCAGUACCCCUGAAAGCCAAUUGCAACACAUUUUCUAUGGCCCAAACGACAUUGACCUCCUAUCCUUCUUCUUCUCCUUCUUCCACCCCUCGACGCCUGAAAUAUGAUGUUUUCUUGAGUUUUAGAGGUGAGGAUACUCGCAACAAUUUCACUUCCCAUCUUAAUUACGCUUUAAGUCAGAGAGGAAUCCAAACUUUCAAAGACAACCAGCUUAUAAGGGGAGAAGAAAUAUCACCCUCACUCAUCACAGCUAUUCGAGAAUCCAAAAUAUCCAUUGUUAUCUUCUCCAAAAACUAUGCAUCCUCUGCAUGGUGUUUGGAUGAGCUUGUCAUGAUCUUGGAUUGUCGAGAAUCACUUGGACAGUUGGUUUGGCCAGUCUUUCUCAAUGUAGAGCCUUCCCAUGUAAGAAAUCAGACAGGUCCUUUCGGAGAUGCUUUACUUUUAUAUGAAGCUCUUCAUGAUUCCAAUACUAGUAGUAAGUAUAAGGAAAGGCUGCCCAAAUGGAAGAUAGCUUUGAGGAAAGCCGGAAAUCUAUCCGGAUGGCAUUUAAACGAAGGAGAUGAAUCUGAGUUAAUCCAGAGAAUUGUGGAAGCAACAUCGAGCAAACUGAAUCGCACACCUCUAUAUGUUGCCAAAUAUCCAGUUGGAAUAGAUGCCCGUGUACAGUAUUUGGGUUCAUUAGCAAAUGUAGGAGCAAAUGAUGUUAGGGUGAUAGGGAUUCAUGGAACUGGUGGUAUAGGCAAGACAACUGUUGCUAAAGCUGUUUUCAACAAAUUUGCUGAUGAUUUUGAAGGUUCUAGCUUCCUUGCAAAUGUUAGGGAAACAUCACAGCAAUAUUGUGGUUUGGUUCAGCUACAGGAAACACUUUUGUUUGACAUGUUGGGGGAUCAAAACUUAAAGGUUGGGAAUACACAUAGAGGUAUCAACAUCAUAAGGGAUAGACUUUGUCACAAAAGAGUGCUUCUGGUUCUUGAUGAUGUGGAUCAAUUAGACCAGUUGGAGGCAUUGGCUGGAGAGCAUGCUUGGUUUGGCCCAGGAAGUAGAGUUAUCAUAACAACUAGAAAUAAGCACUUCUUAACCACUUACGGAGUUGAUGCAACAUAUGAGGUUAAGGGACUUAAUUACUAUAAAGCUCUUGAACUUCUUAGCUGGAAUGCUUUUAAAGGGAACAAGCCAGCAAAAGGUUACCAUGAACUCUCACAGCAAGUUAUAAAAUAUGCUAAUGGGAUUCCUUUGGCGCUAGUGGUGUUAGGUUCCUUUCUAUGCAGUAGGAGCAAACAUGCAUGGAUGAGUGCCAUCGAGGAAAUAGAAAGGAAACCCCAUAAGCAGGUUUAUGAAAUACUUAAGAUAAGUUUCGAUGCUUUACAGGAUAAUGUAAAGACUAUCUUUCUUGAUAUUGCAUGUUUCUUUGUUGGUGAGCACAGAGAUUAUGUCAUCAAAGUACUUGAGUGCUUUAAUCUCUGUCCGACCAUCGGAAUUGAAGUUCUUGUUGAUAUGUCUCUCAUUACUAUAGAGGAGGGAAGAGUGAAAAUGCAUAAUUUAAUACAAGAAGUGGGUUGGGAAAUUGUCCGCCAAGAAUCUCCUGAAGUUGGCAAACGCAGUAGAUUAUGGUUAACUGAGGAUGUUUUUCAUGUAUUCUUGGAGAACAUGGGAACGAAUGCAAUUGAAGGCAUUAAGUUGGUCUUGCCUGAACAGAAGACUCUGUACCUGAGUUCCAAAGCAUUCAAGAAAAUGAAAAGGCUACGAUUGCUUAUCUUUCAUAAUGUAAUUCUUUCAACAACCAUUGAAUAUCUUCCUACUGAAUUGAGAUUCAUUGAUUGGCCUAGAUAUCAGUUUCCCACUUUACCUCUCAAUCCCGGUCCCAAACAACUUGUCAUACUUAAUAUGCCCAAUAGUCAUAUUCAACAACUUGGUGAAGGAUUCAAGAAUUUUGAAAACUUGAAAGUUGUGAACUUAAGUUCCUCCAAAUUCUUAACUGAAAUUCCUGACCUUUCAACAGCAACAAAGCUUGAGAGUUUGUCCCUUGGGGAUUGUACUAAUUUAGUUCAGAUUCAUGAUUCGGUUGGAUCUCUGAAUCGGCUGCGUAUAUUGGACCUUCAGUUUUGUGAUAAACUCAGGAUUCUUCCAAGCAGUCUUCACUCUGAGUAUCUAGAAACAUUAAAUCUCACAAGCUGCUUUAGUAUUGAAAGGUUUCCCAAUAUCAACAUAGAAAUGAAGCUUUUAGAUAAACUCUGUUUAUCUGGCACUGCUAUAAUAGAGUUACCUUCCUCAAUUGAUAAACUAGUUAGGCUUAGAUCCUUGAACUUGGCCUGUUGUGGAAAACUUCAGCAUAUUCCAAAUAGCAUUUAUAAUCUGCAUCAACUUGAUUAUUUUGAUCUUCAUGGUUGCUCACAACUCUCUAAGUUUCCGAAGUACAUCUCAUUGUCAAAUAAGAAUGAAAUGUUCCCAAGUUUGGAGUUGCUUCCUGAUAGCAGCAAUUUGAACUUGCCCUUCCAGAAAUUAAAAACCCUUGAUCUUGAAGACUGCAAUCUAUCAGAAGCAGAUUUCCUCAUGCCUUCUAACGGAUUUGACAAUCUUCAAUUUUUGUUUUUAAAUGGCAACAAAAUUGUUAGCCUUCCAUCUCUUAAGCGGUUUUCCAAUAUUAUGUGCAUUUGUUUGAACAACUGUGAAUUCCUUAGGAAAAUUCCAAAGCUUCCGCCAAAAUUGUGGUUUCUUUUUGCAAGUAAUUGCAAAUCCUUGCUCGAGAGUCAUUGUAAUUUCUUGGACAAGAUCUUACGGGAUAAGGUCUCCGAAUUCGAAUUUAUAUGUCCAGGACGUCAUAUUCCACACUGGUUUGCCAAAGCGUGUGAAGGGGAUUCUAUAGGCUUUGAUGUGGAUUCAAUAAAAUUGAAGAAAAUUGCAGGAGUGAUUAUGUGUGCUGUUUUUGAGUUGGACUGCAAAAAUGCUAGACAUUGCGACACGAAUGAUGCUUGUUCAUUCCAGCUACAACUAACAAACUUUGGAACUAGAACAAGCUCUAGUGUAACCCCUUUCAUAUACAACUUUUCAGUAAAGCCUGGCCACAUGUAUCUUCACUAUCUCCCUUUUAGUGAUGUUUAUAUCUCGUUUGCUCCAUUCGAGACAGUUAGUAGCAACUUUGGGGUCUCAUUUUCAAAACGCUUUGUACCCCAGUCCACAAAUAGAGACUUGUUUAUCUCUAGGUGUGGAGUCCACAUUGUAUGGCAUGAAGAUGAGAAAAAACUCCCUUGUCCUCCUCCUCCUUCUCUGUAUCCGGCCAGUCCAUUAGGCAAGAGAGAAAAAGAGCAAGCAAAAUCAGUCAGCUCCAGCAACCUCUGAGACGCUGUGGAAGGACAGAAUAAGGUCCAAGCCAAGAAACUGAGAAAAUAAAGCUGGUCCAGUCUCUUUGGGAAAGAACUUAUGUUAGAUGUUAAACUCAAAAUAUGGAUAGAUCAGUCAAUGUUACUAUCCAUUUGAAAGGCUACUAUCUAUUGCGUCCACCCAUUCCCUCUUUUUUUUUUUUUUUUUUUUUUGGUUA